AUUGGUGACCUUUCUGGGGGAGAAGUUGCAGUCAUAGCAUGAAUGAAGAUGUGGAAAUGGUGAGGCACAAGGGCAAUGAGUGUGCAUCCCUCCAUCAAGAAACUUUGUGGAGAAGAGCCUGUGACAUCCUGAACAGGAGUUAACUAGAGGCAGAUGCAGAUAGAAUGGAGCGUAUUCCAGUAGAAGCUAGAAAUAGAGGGUGGAAAGAAGGACAGAAUCUAGGUGCUCAAAGAGCUAGUCCUGAGGAAAAAAGAUAGGAUUUCUUUAGGAGCAUGAGGGGACCUUGCCAAAAUCUCCUUCUCAUUGGAUGUAGUUUCUUGCUCUGGUAAUGUUGGACAUGACUAAAAAUAUUGAUAAUGAUGAGAUCAAAUGUGCUUUACAAUAUCACAAGCAUCAUGUAAAACUGUGUACUGAAAUCUUUUAAGCUUUUUAUUUGGUAAUUGACAAAAAUAUCAUUUCUGGUUAAAUGAAUUGAUGUUUUGCUUUCUAGACAGGCAACUCUUCUACCAGUCUUGCACUGAAUUUGGGUUCUUUCAGACCACGGAUUCAAAGAAACAGACCUUCACUGGGUUGCCUCUCAGUUAUUUUGUUCAACAAUGUUCUGAUUUAUUUGGCCCUAAGUUCAAUCAUGAUUCCCUGAACACGGGUGUUAUAUCCACCAAUGCGUACUAUGGUGGCCUCAACGUGACAGGAAGCAAAAUCAUCUUUCCCAAUGGUUCCUUUGAUCCUUGGCACGCUCUGGGAAUCACAAAGGGUAUCAGUAAAGAUUUGCCUGCUGUCUUCAUUAAAGGUGCAGUACAUUGUGCAGAUAUGUACGAACAAAAGAAUACUGAUUCAGCUGAACUAAUUCAAGCACGAGAAAAAAUCUUCCGGAUUCUACAAAAAUGGCUAAAGCAAUAGAUCUCUCUGAAAAAUAAAUGCAACAGAACCUGAACUCUAGACUCCCAUUUUAUAGCUCAAAUGUAAAAUGUCCAGCAAGGGUGAAAUUAGAGCAGUUCCUCUCUGCAGGAUUUAAGUUGGUUUUGAUUUCAUGGAAGGUCAUCUUGUUCCUCCUUUCUUGGUGACCUUGAGAAGGAGCAGAUUAUCCAGCACACAAGAAAUAAUUACCCUGCAGUA